AUGGCUGUAAACGUUUUAAAAGCACUUCUCAUCCUAUUCUGUUUUGCUGGUGACAUAAGUUUUCUUCGAGCUGGUCCUUUGGGUAAGAGACACUUAAAAGGUAAGAGUUUUUUCACGCUGGCUACACCCCCGCUAUUUUAAAAUGUAUAGCGCUUUUUGGAAUCAUUAAGUUUGCUCUUUACGAAAGAAUAAGAGUUAAAAAGGCAAACCAGCCACGGCCAACAUCGUUCUCCCCCUUGCGAAUUAAUGGCAACGAAUCGGAUGUCCAGUAAGCUGUGCUUUUAGUGUUAGAUGAAGUGUCGUCUUUACUACAUUGAUAAUAAAUAUAUAAUCAUGAAAAAUGUUCAUAGAGAAAGGGCAGUAGACAGAGCGAACGCAAAGUUUAAGACAAGUUACUUGCCUAAAAACUGGUUGUUGUUUUUUGUGUCAUGUGGUCUAUUUGUUCUAUUGAACAACUGACUGGUAAAACGGUUUUUGAAGACUUUUAGGUGUUGAAUAUGUAAAUUCUGUGUCUUAACAAACAACAGUCGUUUUGUUGAUUAUACGUACUACUUCUUAGUCAUGGUUCCUCUGUUUAAAGCACACACAAUGUUGAUCACACCUUUCAUGUAUGCGCAUCUUUAGUUGAUUCAGCUACGCCCUGUUUCAUUCUUGAUUGUAAGCUCGUCCUAUUAUUGCCGCGGUCAUUGGGUGACAGACGGCUGAUUAACUCCACCUUAACUGCAAACAUCACUUAAAAAAAACCGUCUCACCUUAGAGAGAGCCCCACUUAAAACAUGUGACGCGGUAGCUUUUACACAGCCUGCGUCGGAAAGGGAUCCCAGGCGGGCGAGAAGGCUGUUCGUAAGUAUAUAGUAAAGUUGAGGCGCGCGUCAAGAGCGUAGGAGCGCUUGCUGCUUAGGCUUAGCAAGUUCGUUGGUGUUAUCGGCUUCCGUUCGCAAGAGAACAAUUGUGAACGGAUAUUCCCCAAACCUUCAGUCAGAGUAAACCUGACUUUGUACUAGUUUACGGUGUUACAAAGACUCACGUGGACUAUGGACUAAAAGAGCCUUCCACCAUGUAGUCGAUAAAACAUGUCCUAAUCAUAGAUCGUAUAUUGUUAGAGAAUCUUUAUGUUUUUUUGAUGGAUCCUAGUCUGCUCUUAAUCUAUCUUCAUUUCUUUCUUUACAUGAUAAAAACUUUUAUUUUUCCCAGGUCACAUUCGCGUUCGAAGAGGUUUCCGUUCAUACUUCUACAAUUACUUGGAUGAAAUUGCUAUGGCAACGUGCGCAGCAAUUCCCAGCAAUGGACCAGGUCUUAUAUACGCCAUCAGAAGGUAACUAUGGUAACAAACUAACCCUUAUAUAGAUCGUGUAUCCAUGAUGUCACGGUGGCCAUAUUGCUGUAUAAAAAAUGCAACGGCAACCGUGUUGGUGAACAGAAAAAAAUCCUGUAGGGAUUUAACUCUUUCAUAUGUAAAAAAAUUCUUUUUUGCAAGAAAUUUGCAUAGCUGCAGACCAUGUGAGCACACAAAAACAAUCUAUAAGCCCUAAAUCACUCAUUUAGCUCCCUAAAUCUCCUUUUUUUUUAAAUCAGCCCAAGAAAGAUCAAUGGGACAGAGACAUAAACACCCAGUCGCGCCCUGGAGAUAUGUGAAUUUCACCGAAGUUAUUUUUAGACCAAUUAAACGCUUGAAAUUAAUUGGAAAUUGGUUUCAGGAGAGGUCCGCAAACCUCUACUUUGUUUUGUCAAGAGCGAAAAGAAUAAUGGGGCAUUAUGUUGUCUUGGUGUCAGUGUCGCCAGUACAAUUUACUGUAUUGUUUGCUUUGUUGAAAUCGCGUGUGGACUUAAGAGUUUCAAACAACUGAUUAAAAUGUUCGGACGACUCGGAAAUUAGACUGCCCUUUAAUUACUAGACUGCAAAACAGUCCGUAUUUUUGCGUAUUCAAGUACGCGCGAGCAGUCAAACAAAAGGUCUGGAACGGGACUGAAAACAGAGAGCGAGACUGGGGAGAGAUGCUGAAAAUAUUUUUCCUCUCGCCUCACACGCUUCGCGUGCGUAAGACUCUUACGCCACACUUUACCGAUUUCUUUACUGAUUUUGAGAAAAAAACCGACUGUUUUGCAGUCUAUUUAAUUACAACGUCUAAAAAUAACUUAAAUGAAUUUACAUAUCCCGGCCAACACACUAAGAUUCACUUUCUGUCCAAUUUUUCUCUCUUGAUCAUUCUUACUUUCGAUCUAUUUCAGGACCUGCGGUGAAAAGGCAAACUGUAAAGACAUUUGCACUGAUCCUAAAUUACGUCAGCAGGGGCCAAAGGAAGUACGAAAACUCACAUGGGAUUGCACGGAGUCUAUUCACGUGUAUAAAAGACAGCCGUCGCUGGCUGACAACUACGAUGAAUAUGCUGAUUCUCAUAAGUUAGGCCUGGCUGUGUUUCGCCAUCACUCGUGUGCUAUAUCCAAAUGUGGACCAAACUAUUGUUGCUGCAGAGCAGUUGCUUUGUAA